AUGUCCACCUCCGACACGAACGACUUCCAAACCGACGAUCAAGUCGUUAUUGCCCGUGUAGGGAUUAAAGCACCGGAGUUUUGGCGCACAGAGCCCGAACUAUGGUUCCUACGCCUGGAAGCCCAAUUCAGGCAAGCCAAAAUAACAUCUGAUGACUGCAAGUUCGAUCACACCGUAACAAGUUUAAACAGCGAGGUUCUAUUAGAGGUAGCCGACAUACUACGAAAUCCAACUAGAGGUAGGGCCUACGAAGACCUCAAAACUAGACUGUUAGAGAGAUAUGGCAGUAGCGCUGAUGACAAAAUUUACCAGCUUAUGGAGAUGACCUCGGGCAACCUUAAACCAACACAGCUUCUCCACCGAAUGCAAGCUUUGGCCUCAAAUAACGUUUCUACGCAGGUUCUAAAGAAACUCUGGUUAGACCGCCUACCACCCCAAGCCCGGGGAGUCAUAGCAAUCCUGGAUGGAGACCUGGAGGAAUUGGCCAAGAAAGCUGACAACAAAGUAAGUGUGGACGAGAAAACUGACGGGCACUGCUACUAUCACAGGAGAUUUGGGUCCCAAGCUAAGAAGUGUAGGGCACCAUGUACCUUCUCAAAAAACGAUCAAGAGGGGGCGCAGUAA